AAAACCCCUAAACCGGAAAACACCGACGGACGGACGACCCUCUCCGCCGCCGACGAAUGCUGCGUUCGCGAGGAGGAGCGGUACAAGCUGCUGCUGCGAGCCCAGAGAGGACGGACGAGUCCCCGGUGACAAAACCCCUACACACGGCGGCGACGCUCCACGGAUCACCGCGGAGAAGCAGGUUGAAGAAUGGAGUUGGCCAACCAUGGUCUUAUCCUGCUGCAGCAGCUUAACGCUCAGAGGGAGUUUGGCUUCCUGUGCGACUGCACUGUGGCUAUCGGAGAUGUCUUCUUCAAAGCCCACAAAGCCGUCCUCGCUGCCUUCUCCAACUACUUCAGGAUGCUCUUCAUUCACCAGGACAGUGACUGUGUGCGCCUAAAGGCUGCCGACAUCCAACCAGACAUCUUCAGCUACCUCCUCAACCUGAUGUACACGGGCAAGCUGGCUCCCCAGCUGAUCGACCCUGCACGGCUGGAGCAGGGAGUCCGAUUCCUGCACGCCUACCCACUCCUGCAGGAGGCAAGCCAGUCAGUGUAUUCACAACGCGAGCAAAGCAUCAACCUCUCCACCUCCCUCUAUGGCAUCCAGAUCUCUGACCAGCAGGUGGCGCUGUCAGCCAGACUUGCCUCUCGGCGGCAGCUCUCCUCUCCCUUAGAUGUCGAUCAGCUCAUGUCAGAGGGGAAGUUUCCAUCCAUGUCGGGGGGAACAGCUUCGUACGGCAACUCCUCGCCAUCCAAGAUGCUUUCCUCGCCCAUAGACAUGGAGGCCUCGACCAGUGGCGCUAAGCCUGAUGGUGAGGAGGGGGGAGCCAGCAUGCUGACUGGAGAUGGUUCCUUGGUCAAUGCCAUCCUCCAUGUUAAGCCCAGCAUCAUGAAGAGGAACGCCUCCUUUAGAAAGCAUUAUUCCUGUCACAUGUGCAGGAGCCGAUUCACCCAGAGAAGCCUGCUGAGAGAGCACCUCCUGCAGCACAGCCUAGCUGUUCAGCAGAGCCUGACUGAGCCCAGUAACGCACUCUCACCUGUCAUGUCGAUUGAACACAGCAUGUUAGAGGUAGAGGGGAUCCUUAGGGGAAGCAAGCCAGGGUCAAGUGCCUCCGCUGCCAGUACGGCGGUCGAGAUAAUCAGUGACAAUGAGCAAACGCCUGUUUCAGGCACCAACUCAGACUCUCCCCGGGCAGAGGUAUCCACAUCCAGCUGGGGGGUGGGGGGAAUGAAUCAUCAGGCAGACACACCCCCUCCAUCAGACAUUGCGGACAUCGACAACCUGGAGAGCGCCGACUUGGACCGCGAGGUGAAGCGGCGGAAGUACGAAUGCUCCACCUGUGGCCGCAAGUUCAUCCAGAAGAGCCACUGGCGCGAACACAUGUACAUCCACACGGGAAAGCCCUUCAAAUGCAGCGCGUGUGGCAAGAGCUUCUGCCGGGCCAACCAGGCAGCGCGCCACGUGUGCCUGAACCAGGGCGCCGAUUCCUACACCAUGGUGGACCGACAGAGCAUGGAGCUGUGCUCCGCAGGAGAUGACAGCAGCCAGAUGGAGGCCAUGUUCUUGGGCUCAGCAAAGCCUUAUAAGUGUAACAUUUGUGCGACCACCUUCUCCAGCCCCCAUGAGGUGAUCAAGCACCUGUGCUUCACCCAGGGGGGAUUAGUGGGUCUUCAGGGAGACGCAGGAAUGCUGCUCCAACAGGAAGAUUUGUCUAAAGAUGAAGGCUCUGAUGCUUCCAACUCUGGCACCCAGCUAGAACCUAUAAAGACUGAGGAGAUCCUCGUAGAGUAGUGCCAAAACUGUGUUUCUGUCCUUUUUAACAUGUUUAUCUUCUAAAUUAUGGUUAAUACGUAAGCUAAAGCUAGUCAGGGUAUGUAUGAUGGAGGUUCUCAAGCUAAUAAUUAAAGUUUUUUUGGUUUUGAGUACAGUAUUUUUUUGGUUUAUUUUAUCCUGUGUUGGAAAAUGUUAAUGGGUUCAUCCACAUCAUAAAGAAAAGCUAAUACAAAUCACAUUUGGCUCAAUGUUAAGCUAAACCCCAACAGGGGAGAUGAAAGUGUUUCCUCUCGUAGCUUUAGAGUCUCUGCACACGCAGACGUUCUGUACAAAAGGAAGAGGAAGCGGAGACAGUUCCGGAAGAGAAGGCAUGUUGUGAGAUGAGUUGGCUGAGGGAAGGUUUGUGGAGAGGAAACUUCUAACAAAAACCCACUCGAGCUGAACAGGACAGCUGUUUCUCUAUGGUUGUAUUCAGCGACGGUUCUGCACAUCCGGUCUAGAUUAUAAUCCCUGCUCUAAGCACACUGAAUAUAAAAGCCUGAGACAAUCUGAGUUGAUGUGAGAUUUCUCUUCCAUUUACAUCUUGGCUCAGCAGAAUGAACGUCUUGGUUGUUUCUGUGUGAUUUCAACAUAUUUAAAACUCAACGGAUGUUGGUCAAAUCACCAGAAACCUUGAUUAUGUCAAGGUUAUGUCAUGUCCCCCCCCCCCACACACACACAAACACACACACAUACCUUGGUGCUAAGUUAUUCUGUACAUGACGUCUGCAUUAUCAUUUGCUUGCAUCUACUCUUAAAAAAAACUAAAUUCAUUUCACAUGCUUUUCUAAUUUUGUAUACAGCGCUAUAUUUACAAAGAUAACAUUAUAUUUCAAAGUUGUAUAUAUCUAUUAGUAGACAAAUAGGUUUAAAAAUAGGAAUACAUUUGGUUUACCACCUUUGUUUAAUCUUAUAAGAAUACGUUCUAUUAUAAAGAUAAUUAUUUUCCCGUUGCCAAAUUUUUACUAAUUGCUAACCUCCUUAUUCAUUUUUUUAACAAAGGGAAACUUUCUCUGUAUUGUAGAUGGAUAAUCAUGUAAAUCUUCUGACCUUGUUAUUUGUUCUUUGUCUUUGUCCCGAACAGAUAGGAUAUGUAGUGGUUGCAGCAUUAGUAGUUUAUUUUAAAGGACAAAACAUUGAUGGGAGAGAAUAUGCAGGAGAACACAAUGAAGUUUUUUUCAGGUUGGAGGUUUCAUUUAACUCAGGCAGAGGUGACAGUGUGACGGAGAGUUGGUUUUAAUGUGAUGUUUUCGAGAAAUCCGUGAACAGGGUGAUGUCUCUGGACACCGGUGUUAUAGAAAUGUGUUAUUUAUUAUAAACUUACAGCGACAUCUACUCUGGGACAACACCAACACUUCCUGUGUACUACUGAUGACUGGAAAUUGUGAAAAAUAUUUACAUCCAUGUCCAAUAAAUGUGAAGCAAGCAAAAGGAUGAGGCAGUUACAUAAUUUACCACGUUUGAACAUGUUAAGCGUGAUGAUCCAGCUCCAGCAGUAUCAUUUUAAAAUGAGAUAAUACCAGUGAACAUCUGUUUUGAUUUCUGUGUCGCAAAUCUGCAAUUCAACUGUGAACUUCUAACAUUUCAUCGGCCACAUUUCACAAUAUCCUUGGCCACGCGUCUGUAAAACUGUCAAUAUUAUUGUUUCAUUCAGAAUUAAAUAAAUUCCAAACUGAAUUGUUGAGUAAGUAUAAAAUUACACUAUUUGGUGCAAAUUUGUUGUUUGGGAUUCUUCCAAUUGAUCAAAUCCAUUAGAUUUAAAAAAAAAACUUGUCCUCCAAGUUUCUACAUAAAAUCCAAUCAUUUCAAUAUCCUCUUCUGUGACCUGACACAGCAGGGAUUACAGUAGACACCAGUUUAAUACUUCCACAUUUUGAUUUGUAAUAUAACUUCAAAGAUUAGUGAUUAACCAAACCCCACAAAAUCACAUUAAUAUGUCCUUUAAAAACCCAUCCCUAGUACACUUAAUGUGCAUUGUGUAUUUUUACGAUUUUAUUUUGAGCCUUUUACAACCUUACAAAACUGUGGCUUUGCGACAAUGUUUUAUUUUAUUUUGUAGUGUUGAGAAGUUGUUGCUCUGAUGCAAUGAGCCCAGUGUUCAGCUAGAUGGAGCUGUUCUCCUUUGCUCUGCUUAGGUCUUACGUUAAGGGGAAAUCUAUCUGUUCUCUUUGGAGUAUAAAUCAAUACUCAACACAUUUUGUUUCACAAACAUUUAUGUUGAAACAUUAAUCGAUUAUGUCUGUGAGCAUAAUGUAACAAGUGUUUCAUAUCAACUGACAGAAAAGGAUUCUUGUUUGUGUCUUGUUGAAAUGCUGUACUACUGACAUUCAUUUCUUAGAGCUCGAUUCAUUCAUGUGCUUCAUGUGCUCUAUAUGAACCAAUUGAAAUGGCGCCCCCCCUCCUCCCUGAAUUGUAAUUUAUCGUCUCUAACGCAAGUCUAGGUUGUGUCUUUUGUGAGUUAUUAACAUCUCAGUAUCUCAGGAAGAGGAGGAUUGUGAAAUAGUGUUUUUCUGUCCACUGUUGUAAACCAAAUCAAUCAUUUCAGGACGAGUGAGGACCCCAACCCAUGAUAACUGAGUGCACACAUACUCCCCCUAUCCCCCCCAGUGCCCAUCUGACAUCUACUGUGAUCGGUCUGUGUUCUCAGGAAUGUGAUUAAUCCUUCUGUACAAACCCUUUUUUCUUUCAUUGAAGAAUGAACAAUAAAAACGUGAUCUUUUUUUAAUA